GCCCGUAGAGUCUCCGGUCCAUCUGCCGGCGACGCGGGGCGCAGUCGGUGCGCGGAGAGGACGAGGCGCUGCGGAUGUUCGCAUCAACCCGCGGACAACAGCACGGAGCGCGGAAAUAAACACAAAUACAACAACAACAACCUCUUUUUGUUAUGGAUGUGAUCUUCCCUCCCCUCGUCGCCGCAGCGCGUCAGUGGACAUUUGAUCUAUAGAACGCGCACCAGGACCGAAGACGAGAACUGCGUGGAAAGUUCCCCACUGCCGUCGAUGCGUUGACACUUAAACCACGAGGCGCAUUUGGAGGCGGACGGUGCGCAUUUGGAGGCGGUCGGCGCGCGGGUCUGUGAGCGUCAAAGUGGGGCGCGCCUCGCUCGCUCCAUUCUUAUUCUCUAUUUCCUUUUUAUUUUUUUCACGCGCAACGGGAAAACCGGGACGAGGAGGACCUGGAGGUUUACAAACGAGCACGAGGAUUAUUGCGGAAAUGAAAACUCCAACGCGGUGACCAUCGACGGCACCCUCGCGGACAGGGACGAUGUUUGAAAAAAACAACCAAAAAACCGCCUCAGAGAGAUGGCCUUGGAUUCUGCUGUGAAGCUGCGUCCCUGCAACGCUGCGUCCCAGAUCCCCCGGUCGCCCGCUUCCGCCGGUGUGCGAGCCGGAGACGCCGAGGCCGCCAACAGCGGGCGGCGCCCGUGAGCGAGCCCCAUGGCAGAGAGGCAGCGCGGCGCAGGUUCCCGUGUAUGACUCCACCAUGGAGCACAUCCUCUGCUGCCUGCUGGUCCUGGGAGCCACGGUGAUGACCACCUGUGCGUGCCCCAAGUACUGUGUGUGCCAGAAUCUGUCCGAAUCCCUGGGGACAUUGUGUCCCGCCAAAGGCCUUCUUUUCGUGCCUCUGGACAUCGACCGCAGCACGGUGGAGCUCCGGCUGGGAGGCAACUACAUCCUGCGCGUUACCCAGCAGGACUUUGCCAACAUGACGGACCUGGUGGACCUGACCCUCUCCAGGAACACCAUCAGCUACAUUCAGCCCUUCUCCUUUGGCGACCUGGAAACCCUGCGCUCUCUCCACCUGGACAACAACCGCUUGACCGAGCUGGGCCCCGAUGACCUGAGAGGCCUGGUCAACCUGCAGCACCUCAUCGUUAACAACAACCAGCUCGGACGCAUCCACGACAAGGCCUUGGAGGACUUGGCGCCUUCCUUGGAGGACGUGGACCUGUCCUACAACAACCUGGUGUCUCUGCCCUGGCACUCUGUCCGCCAGAUGAUCAACCUGCACCAGCUGAGCCUGGACCACAACCUGCUGGACUUCAUCCCGGAGGGCACCUUCGCUGACCUCGACCGGCUGGCGAGGUUGGACCUGACCUCGAACCGCUUGCAGAAGCUUCCCCCGGACCCCAUCUUCGCCCGCGCCCAGGACUCGAUGACGUUGACCACUCCCUACGCGCCGCAGCUCUCCCUGAGCCUGGGCGGAAACCCGCUGCACUGCAACUGCGAGAUGCUGUGGCUGCGGCGGCUCGAGAGGGACGACGACCUGGAGACCUGCGCCUCCCCGCCGGCCCUGAAGGGCCGCUACUUUUGGAACGUGAAGGAGGAGGAGUUUGUGUGCCAGCCGCCGCUCAUCACGCAGCACACGCACAGGACGCUGGUGCUGGAGGGGCAGACCGCCGGCCUGCGGUGCGAAGCCAUCGGGGACCCCCCGCCCACCAUCCACUGGAUCUCCCCCGAGGACCGGCUGCUGGGCAACUCGUCCCGGACUGCCGUGUACGGCAACGGGACCCUGAGCAUCACCAUCACCACGUCCAAGGACUACGGCACGUUCACCUGCAUAGCGGCCAACGUGGCCGGGGAGUCCACCGCCUCCGUGGAGGUGUCCAUCGUCCAGCUCCCCCACCUCAGCAACGGCACCGGGCAGCCGGCGCCACCCAAGUCCCGCCUCUCGGACAUCACGGGGAGCAGCAGGAUCAGCAAAGGCGGCGGCGGCGGGGGCGGCCCGCCGGAGAGGAGCGUGUCCGUCUCCGAGGUGACGGCCGUCUCGGCGCUGGUCAAGUGGACGGUGAGCAAGUCCUCCCCGAAGGUGAAGAUGUACCAGCUCCAGUACAACUGCUCCGAUGACGAGGUUCUAAUUUACAGGAUGAUCCCGGCCUCCAGCAAAGCUUUCCUGGUGACCAAUCUGGUGUCGGGGACCCGCUACGACCUGUGCGUGCUCGCCGCCUGGGACGACACCGCCACCACGCUGACGGCCACCAACGUGGUGGGCUGCACCCAUUUCGUCACCCAGGACGACUACCCGCAGUGCCGCUCCCUGCCCAGCCAGCUGCUGGGGGGCACCAUGAUCCUGGUGGUGGGGGGCGUCAUCGUGGCGACCCUGCUGGUCUUCAUCGUCAUCCUCGUGCUGCGCUACAAGGCCGCCGACGCCGAGCCCCCCGCGGGGAAGCUGACCAGCGUCAUCGACACGCACUCUCAGACCAACGGGGGCCGCGUGGGGCAGAACGGGCUCCUGAUGCCGCCGGCGGAGCCGAAGGCCAAAGUGGCCCCGAGGGACGAGGUGGUGGAGUUCAAGUGCGGCUCCCUGCAGAGCAGCCUCACGUCGUCCUCCUCGUCCUCGGGCUCCGUGGCGGGGGGCCAGUACAGCCCCAACAGCACGCUAGCCAACAUUUGGAGGUCGGCGAACCCCAAGCCCCGGUCCAACCUGGACCACCUGCUGGGGGCCCUGUCCCAGCUGGAGCUGCGGGGGUCGCAGGGCCGCGACCCGGGCGGGGGCGGCGGGGGCGGCGGGGGCGCGGCGACCUCGGGGAAGAAAGGCCGCGCGGACAGGGAGCCGCUGCUGGGCCGGACGCUGGACUCCAGGCUGAGCCGCCUCCUCAUGCUGCCGCUGGACCCCAAGCCCAAGAGGAGCCAGUCCUUCGACAUGGGAGACGUCACUGGCGCCGGCGCCACCGCCGCCGCCCGGCUGUCCGGCAAAUCCCGGCGGAUCGGCGGCAUCUGGACCAGGAGGAGCCUGUCCGUGAACGGCAUGCUGCUGCAGUGCGACGAGGAGGGGGACACGGGGGGCAGCAAGGGGACCAUAGACAGCGCCGACUGGGUGAUGGAGAGUACUGUCUGAGGCUUUGUCCCGCAUGAAGCGCGCUCACUUGCA